AUGACGGAAAUUUUCAACGAAGAGCUUUCUGAUCAUGUAUAUGACAGUAUUGUGGAAAUUGUAGACUGCCGUAUUAGACGUCGGAAAAUUGAAUUUAUAAUAUAUUGGGGACGGAAUCGUUUCUCUUUAGUAGAAGAGGAGGACUUGAAAUUUAACACAGUUCACAUUGAUAAGCUUAACCAAUUCAUUGCCUCUCAUCCUGAGAAGUAUGCUCUGUUGUUAGAGCAGAUCUCAAUCAUGAAAGCCGGUGAGGAGUUACGGAGAGUACCGAACAGUGACGAUGAAACUGAUUGGGAUUGA